AUGCCUCCCAAGUUCGACCCCUCGCAGGUUGUGGAGGUUUACGUCAGGGCCACCGGGGGGGAGAAGAUUGGAGAGGACAUUGCCAAGGAGACGGCCAAGGACUGGAAAGGUUUGAGGGUGACGGUCAAGCUGACCGUGCAGAACCGUAUCGCCAAGGUCUCAGUGGUGCCUAGUGCCGCGGCGUUGGUGAUCAAGGCCCUCAAGGAGCCGGAGCGGGACAGGAAGAAGGUGAAGAACAUCAAGCACGAGGGGAACAUCUCGUUUGACGAUGUCAUCGAGAUUGCACGGGUCAUGAAGUCGCGGAGCAUGGCCAAGGAGCUGUCCGGCACGGUGAAGGAGAUCCUGGGCACGUGCGUGUCCGUCGGGUGCACGGUAGACGGGUCAGACCCCAAGGACUUGCAGUCACAAAUAGAUGACGGGGAGCUCGAGGUGCCCGAGGAGUAGCUCUGAGACGCUCUGACAUUGUUCAUACUUUCCUGUUGACUGUCUCCAUAACCGUUACCAGCUGCGUUUUCAUGCAAGCGAGGCACACGAGGACACGGUCGACCCUGUAAUGUAAGCCCAUUCUGGCACCCCAAUGAGUGCUUUCCGCAUACAUUGCAAGUUGAUGAAUGGGUGCCUGCCAGCUCUGCCCUGGUAAUGGUUUUCACUGCUGAA